AAUUAAAUGAAAAGAUUAUAUAGUGUAGUGAUGUUAUUGUACUUAGUUUCAGCAACUACAGUUACAAAGUAAGAUAUUUAUAUGUUAACUAAUAUAGUAAUUAAGGAGUAAUGGAUUCAUAUGUAAAUCCAGGUCUGUAAUCUUAAAUAGAUGAAUUAACAUAAUCAAAGAUUGGACAUAUGGUAAUUGAUUUAGCUGAAGUUACGAUGAGAGUUACUGGAGCUGUUGAUUCAUUAGUUGAAGGAGUUAAAGCUUUUGGUAGAUAAAUUGAAGAGAGAUUGAAAUUAGAAAAUACCUAAUGGGAAGUUGUUGAAAGUGAACAUAAUGCUAAAGUUAUUUCACUUAGUUCAUAAGCUAAUUAAGCUGAAUUUGAUAUCAAUAGAGAAAAGAAAGUAUUAAAUAGUGAAUUAAUUCCAAGACUUCAUGAAUUAGAUGAUGUAUAUUAUAAUCUAAUAUUUAUCNGCUGCACAUGUUGUAUUUGUUACACAUCCACCUCCAGUCUUUGUAAUACAAUUAUAUCCAGUUAAAUAAGCUUCACAUGCUUCAUUAGUAGUUAAUGA